AUGCCUGUUAAAAGUCAACAACGAGCACAAACAGAUGCAGUGCGAACACUCGGUCGAGCAACUACUCUUUCAACAAUUUCAUCUCGAACAGCUGAAUCAACACCCCCAUCAACAACAGGAUCAACAAAACGAAAUGUAACUCAAGCAAGACCAAAAACUGAUGAUAAUAAAUCUACUAGCAGUGGAUCAGUUUCUGUCGAAAAUCAUUCACAAGCAUCAAUACGUUCGAAACAAUUAAAAAUUAUAGCUGAAGUCGAUGAAACAAAUAUUGAUGAAAUCUUUACUUCAUCUGGCUUAACAAAUGUACCUAAAACAUUCUUUACGGAAAUUCAACAAGAUCAAAUUUAUGAAACAAUAUUUCAUGAGCUACAAAAGAAAUUACCACAUCGAAAUCCACCAAAUCAAGCGCCACCAGAAAUUGUUUUACCAGCACAAGAUUCCGAACAUCAACCACCAUUAUCACCACAUCUUUUGACUGUUGACGAUGAUGAAGAAGAAGUUUUUGAUACUGAUGCGAAUAUGAUUGAUGAUGAAACUUCAUCUAUUGCAUCCAGUGAAAGUAUUCCAUCACCAACACAAGAUGAUUAUGAUACCGAUAUUGAAUCAGAAGCUGUAAUUCACGAAGAUCACGAUAUAACCGGUCGAACACAAUAUCGUGAAUUAUGUACACAAUCGAAGAUUAUUCCAUGUUCAUAUUUUAUGGCACAUAUCGAAGAUAAAGAAAUGACUUUACGUUAUCAUCAGUUUAGUACAGAUGACAUUCGAGCAAUAACAAAAACUCUUUGUUCAAAUCUCAGUGUUGAACGUUUAUACUUAGACGGAAAUUAUUUACAACAACAAGCAGCAAAAUAUGUGUCGCGAUUGUUAUUAGUUAAUGAUUUUAUUACAGAAUUAUCUCUGGCUGAUAAUCGUAUCGGUGGUGGUGAAGGUACAAAAGAAAUUUGUAAAAUGUUAACAUUAAAUCGUAAUUUGAAAAAAAUCAAUCUAUCAGCAAAUAGGUUCAAUGGUCUAGACAUACCUCAACUAGUCGAAGCAUUCGAGCAAUGUAAGACAUUGCGUGAACUAGAUUUAAGUCACAAUUUCUUUGGCGAAGACUGUGGUAAAGUGCUUGGUACAUAUAUCAGUGGCAAUGAUUCAUUAGAAUCAAUUGAUUUAAGUUGGAAUAAUAUUCGAGGACGUGGUGCUAUCGAUGUUGCUAACGGAAUUAAAGACAAUGUUCGAUUGAAACGAUGUAACAUUGAAAUGAAUGGCUUCGGACCAGAAGGUGGACAAAUUUUAGGAGCUUGUAUUAAGCAAAAUGGUGCAUUAGAAGAAUUCAAUAUUAGUGGAAAUCGACUCAAUACGUCAAAUGCAUUUGCUAUAGCUCUAGGAGUGCUUUCAAAUGAUUCACUACAAAUUCUUAAAAUUGCUGAUAAUCAAAUAAAUAGUGAUGGUGCACUUGCUAUUUUUCUUUGUAUCAAAGCAAAUGAAUCAAGUCUAUUGCGUGAAGUAGAUUUUUCACAUACAGUAGUUACUCAAGAAACGGCUGAUAUCUGUGAAGAUAUUGUUAAAUUGAAAAACGAUAAAUUUCGAUAUCGAACUGGGAAAAUUACACCGAAAAUUCUUCAACCCAAUUCGGCCAGUGAUUGUUAUAUUAAAACCGAUCAAGAUCUCCUCAAUAAACUACGUUCUAAUGCUGCCAAAGUCAAAGCGCAUGUUUUAUAA